CUCUCACAUCGCAACCCUCCUCCGCAUCUCCCUUUUUCCCCGGUUCACCUUGUCCCUCCCUUUUGCCUCUUUUUUUUAAUUCAAUUGGGAAAGUUUCAAGCAGAGGCUUCAGUUGCAACUGUGAUUGUGGGUGGGUUCAGCUCUCUCUCUAUCUCUCCCUUCUAUGGUUAUUUUCUCAAUCUCUCUGGUUCUCAAUCGGAAUCCCCGCCGUGUCUUGACCUUGGGUUGACCGUGUCCCCAGCGUAUCUUGACCGUGUCCAAAGCUUAUCGUAUCCAAACGAGUAUCCAAUACGGUAUACGCCACUAAAUUGGCGUAUUCAUACCCUUCAAAAAUUUCCAGGAAAAAAAACCUUCAAAAUUCAAGAAACUCGUCCUAAACCCCAAAAACCUUGUUCAGCCAGCAAUAGAAAUGUCUGUCUCCUUCACUUCCUCUCAACUCUUCUUUCACAAACCUCUCUUCUCUCUGCAGAGCCUUUUUGAGAAGCAACGAGCACCUGGGUUUUGGAGAAGGCCACAGACUUUGAGGAGUCUUGUGGUCAGAGCAGGCCCAAAGAAGAUAUCUUUUGGUACAGAAAGCAGGGAGGCCUUACAAGCUGGGAUAGAUAAGCUUGCUGAUGCUGUUUCUCUGACCUUAGGACCUAAAGGACGUAAUGUUGUUCUUUCUGAGUCUGAAACACUGAAAGUGAUUAAUGAUGGUGUAACAAUUGUUCAAUCCAUAGAGCUAUCAGAUACAAUUGAGAACGUCGGAGCAAUGCUAAUCCAAGAGGUUGCAAGUAAAAUGAAUAGUUUGGCUGGUGAUGGUACCACCACAGCAAUCAUUUUGACAAGGGAAAUGAUCAAAGGUGGACUGUUGGCAGUAGCUUUUGGGGCAAACCCGAUUUCUUUGAAGAAAGGAAUGGAUAAGACUGUGAAUGAAUUGGUCAAGGUCUUGAAGAAGAAGAGUCUUCCCGUAAAAGGAAGGAAAGAUAUUAAAGCUGUGGCCUCAAUUUCUGCUGGAAAUGAUGAAUUCAUAGGGAACUUGAUUGCUGAAGCUAUUGAUAAGAUUGGCCCCGAUGGAGUAAUCUCAAUUGAGUCAUCCUCAUCAUUUGAAACGUCUAUUUUAGUUGAAGAAGGACUGAAGUUUGACAAGGGGUACAUGUCCUCCCACUUCAUUACCAACCAGGAAAGAUCUGUUGUGGAGUUUGACAAAGCUAAGGUCCUAGUAACUGAUCAAAAGAUUUCUACUGUUAAAGAAAUUGUUCCUUUACUGGAAAAGACAACCCAAUUGAGUAUCCCGCUACUAAUCAUUGCAGAGGAUAUCUCAAAGCAAGUUCUGGAAACAUUAGUGGUGAACAAAAUGCAGGGUUUACUUAAUGUUGCUGUUGUUAAAUGUCCUGGAUUUGGAGAGGGAAAGAAAGCUCUUUUGCAAGACAUUGCACUUAUGACAGGUGCUGAUUUUCUCUCUGGAGAUUUUGGUCUGACCCUUGAAAGUGCAACAUCAGAUCAACUUGGAGUUGCAAGAAGAGUGACAAUAACAAGUAAUUCAACAACAAUAGUUGCUGACCCUUCUACUAAAGCCGAGAUUCAGGCAAGAAUAUUGCAGAUCAAGAAGGAUCUGGCAGAAACAGAAAAUGCAUACCUGUCGAGAAAGCUCUCUGAAAGAAUUGCCAAACUUUGCGGUGGAGUUGCCGUAAUUAAGGUAGGAGCACAUACUGAGGUGGAACUUGAAGAUCGCAAACUCAGAAUUGAGGAUGCAAAGAAUGCUACAUUUGCUGCUAUGGAGGAAGGGGUGGUGCCUGGUGGUGGCGCAACAUACGUACAUCUGUCAGAAUUCAUUCCUGUCAUAAAGAAUUCUAUGGAAGAUACAGAUGAGCGGAUAGGUGCUGACCUUGUGGCAAAGGCUCUACUUGCUCCUGCAAAAUCAAUUGCAACUAAUGCAGGGGAUGAUGGAGAAGUAGUUGUGGAGAAGACUAAAAGUUGUGAUUGGAGAGUUGGGUACAAUGCAAUGAAUGGCAGCUAUGAAGAUCUUCCAGAUGCAGGAGUUAUAGAUCCUUGUAGGGUUUCAAGAUGUGCCCUUCAAAUUGCAGUCUCCAUUGCUGGUGUGGUUCUUACAACUCAAGCUGUAUUGGUGGAGAAAACGAGGAAGAAAAAGCCAGCUGUUCCUUUUGUUCCUGGAAUAACUCCUCAGUGAAUGUAGUCAAGGGAACUAGAUGAAAGCUGAGAAAGAGUCCACCUGGACCUUUUUAUCCCAUGCUUUGCAAAGAAGCUUUGGAACUCAAGUACGACUUGAUCUGGAUUUAAUAUGAAGAUGAAAUAAGCUCUUGAAGUUGUGGAAGAGCUAAAAAGACUCUGUUGCAUCAGAACUUCAGUCAUGAGAGCUUGAAAAUCUGCAGUAAAGAGUUUGCAAAGGUGGCAAAGGUCAUCCUUGCAGAGUGUACACCCAAGUUGCAAACUGUAUUUCUUCCAAUCAAGGUUUUGUUCAUUACGAGUUUUGAAUAGCAUGUAAUAAACAGUUACCUUAGUUCAUAUGCGACAAACAGUUGCUUGUACAGUAGUACCUAUGUUUUCAUCCCUUUAGUUCAUAUGGAAUAAACAUUUGCUUGAACCUUUGUUAACUUUAAAAUACAUUCAAUAGUAUGGUUCCCGAAUG